ACUUCUGAAAGGUGCGAAGAGACCAACCCUAGAUUUAUGCAGCUACACAAAUCAGGAGAGUUCCACGGAAAGUGAAACUGAAGCGUCAUCAUCUUCUCCACCACAUGUCAUCUCCAAAUUGGUCAUUGCAUUCUCCCUCCGACACGUGGCCGUACAGAUGUUCCCUUCAUUUUCCCGAUGAAAAGGUGGUCUUUUUUUUUACCAUCACAGUCAAUCAAAACACCACACGUAUCCCAACCCCAUGGUCAGCCCCUAACCAGGGUUAAACAUUGGUGGUUAAGAGAACCUCAGUCAAAUGUAUAAAUGGUAUAUUCUCCAGCCCAGCCCUCUAGAGUUCACUUCUGGGCUUAAUUUGGAGUUUGCCUCUAAUUUUUCUACUCCCCCACCUCCAGACUUCGUUUUAGCUGAAAAAAAAGUGCACAAAUUGAGGGUUUCUGAAGAUGGGGCUCUCCAAUUUUCCGCCUCCGGCUGAAGGAGUGUUGCUAUUACCAGUGCUAUUGAUGAACACAGUAAUGUCAAUGGCUUUCUUGAAGAGCUUGGUGAGAUCUGUGAUACAAAUGAUGAGUGCGAGUGGCAGUGCGAGCCCUUCGAGUUCUGAGGAAGAAUACGAUUCAGAAAAUGCAAGAGAAAGAAGAAUCUCAAUAACCCAGUUCAAAUCCUUGCGCCAAAGCUUCAAUGGCGGAACAGAGGAUGGCUCUGCUUCGAGGUGUAUUGCGGCAGAGUGUUGUGUUUGUCUUUGUGGGUUCGAAGCCGACGAGGAAGUUAGUGAGUUGUCUUGCAAGCACUUUUUCCAUAAGGCUUGUCUUUCAAAAUGGUUUGAUAAUAAGCACAUUACUUGCCCUCUCUGUCGCUCCAUUCAAUAGAAUUUAAUUUUCAGCGUAGCUUCUGAAAGGAAACUUUUGCUUUCAUUCCACCAUUUUGAGCGUUUUCUUUUCUUCUUUUUUUUUUCUCCCAAUUCCUACUCUAUCUCUCUCUCAUGUCGCUCUCCAUAUUUUAAUCCGAGCGAAAGGGAUGAAGUUUUGUAAUAUCAUCACUUUCCUUUAUAUAUAUGUAGUGUACAAUGAAAGAUGAGGGCUCGUGACAGUGUUUUCUGAUAAAUCUUUCCUACUUCCUCUUCACUGUUCUAUUAACCUCCUGGCCAAAAUAGAAGCACCCAAAAGCAAAUUUAGAAUUCAUCAGGCUUUUCAGGGUCAUACUCAUAUUUCCUCAGUGGGAGGAAGAAGAAGAAGAAGAAGAAGACAACUGAGAAUCAGUCAAAGCAAGCAGCUUUAAAUGGCUUGGAGCAGUUGGGGAGUCACAUAACUGGAAAUUUCGAUGUGGGACGGUCCCUUCUGUGAAAAAUCUAGUUCCAAAGUCAUUCAACACAACAACUGCUCUCUCUGCUGGGCAAAUGGAUGGCUUGAAUUCAGCUAUUGGCCUUGACACAAUGAGCGUUUGUGUCAAAUGUUUGUUGCUUUCUCUUUCUGUCACAAAGAUUUGUAACUUGUCUGUACUCGUUAUAUUGAAGAUUGAAGAAGGAUCUCCCAUGAACCAGACAUGUCUUUCUUGUAUUUAUUUGAUAUUAAUAUCCACUGGGUAUGCUUCAAUCCUUCACCUCAUGGCAAAGAUCCAAUCUUUUUGGGGCCCCAAAAUCCUUGGCCACUCAUUUCUGGCAGUAAAUUAAACGAAGAUCUCAAGUUUUGUAUAACAUUUUGAUAUGAAUGACUGUGGAUCUACGACCCAAAAAAACCUGUCAUCUUCAUGACCCAAGGAGGGAGAGAUUCAGACAGAUUUGAAACCAUAAGCAAGUUGGAAAGAAAUAACAACAGAGAGUUAAAUGAAAUCCACAGAAAUUGAGAAUUCUUUGUACAUUUCUCGAAGUUUUUAGUGCCACAAGAAGAAUUCAGUAUUCAUAUGUGAGUAUGUAUAGAAGGGGCUGCAAAGAAAUUGAUAAAAUACAACUUAAACAGUCUGUAUUAUUACUGGAACCUUGAAAUGUUUACGUAGGCACUUCAAGAGUUUUAACAAUUGUAUUGCAAGGAGCUCUGAAGUAUCAGAAAAUUAUUUAGCUGUAUAAUUCAGUAAAAACUUUACCACAUGAUAAUGUAACAAUGAUAACAAACACAGCCAGGAGAUGCAGUUUCUUUCAGUCAGAGUCUACAGACAUCUGUUUGUUUGUUUCCAAUUUCUUGUGUUUCAGCCUGAUGAACUCCUCGGCCUCCUCAUCAAUGUCCUCGGUGUAGGAGUGAGCAUGGUGGUAUCUAGGAGCCUCGCGAACAUCAGAUUUGUCGUUGCAAUCGUCGCUGAAGGUUACAUGAGGUCUAUGGUUUUUGUGGUGCCUUCGAGUCACGAGCGCAGAGUCAGAAAUGUAACCUCCAUAGUCGUUUGAAUGAAAACCAUGAUGAGCAUGGGACUUGAACUGGAAAUUUUCAGAAGACAUUUCCAAGCUGGUAGAGAAACAAGUAUGAUGGUUUCUUUUCUUGUUUGUGAAUGUGUAUUUGAAACGUCUCGCAGUGCAUAUAUAGAACAAUUUUAUUCCCCAAGGAUGAGAAUUGAAUCCAAUACCUUCUUUUGAGAGUAGGGCCAGUGAAGUUUUUGACUUUAAUUAGGACACGAAAGAGACAUCACUUUGAAACCUCGUGUAAAAGUUAAAAGCCUUUUUAUAGGAGAAUCAACUUGAAUAACAAGACACUUCUCUCAUAUCUACAGCCUAUGUACCAUUGAAACAAACCUUAAGAGGUUUCCAAACGUACCAAAAUAUCUAACCACAUUUGUGUCAAGUUCAUGUCCCAGCUGAGUGAACGAGUAAAUUCGGUCACUCUGUAACUACAACGUAAGUAUUGACAUCGACGAAAAUAAAAAACCUUUCUGCAUUGAUGGUAACCUACCCAACAGGCUGCCUAAUAAAUAACACUCUGAUUUCAAUAAAUUGAUUCUAUAAAAGGGAACUUUACAAAUGUGGAUGCUACUCAAGUUAAAACUGAAGAAAAGUUCACACAAGUAAUGUAUCAGAGA